ACACAACACCGGUGUUAUGUACUUCUACUUUAAAUUAUACUUUAGUCUCAUAUUUAUACGACGCAUUAUCUGUACAGUAGAUACAUGCACUUGUUCGUUAGCGUUAAAAACUUUACUGAUCGGGUUUUUGUUGUUAGGAACGUUGUUUUCUUUAAGCUUUAGCUAAACGUUAGCUAGUACCGUUAGCUCAGUGAGCUGGUUUGCAAAGUAUCUUGUUAUUCACAUCCAGCCUGAGUUCUCCUCACUGCUGUCAGUGAUGCUCCUACUGUGGGUGAGACCAGUAACAGGACUAAUCAAACUGAGUGAAUGAAUUCUAAAGAAAGUGAGGACGCAGCACAGAAGACCAGGACAGACAACACAGGUGAGAAAAUGGCAGAGGCGUCUCCUCGAGACACAGAAGACCAUUCCACCAAAGCCAAGAAAUGCAGCCCUGCGUCUGAGAGGCAAAGAAGAGAAAGCAGAGCUCGAGUGAACAUUGGAAACGCUUUGGAAAGGUGGCGUGAUGUGAAAGCAGCAAAAGGAUUCAAAAGUGAUAGAGAAUUGGCCCUGUGUCUCCUGGAUAAAGUGAAAAAAUCACCUUCCACAUCGACUUCCUCUGGAGCCAGAGAUAAAACGCUACAAUUCUCCCUGUCUGAAGUGAAGAAUCUGAUCCAGCAGGAGGUUCGCAGUGAAGUGAAAAGGAAUGAAAACAAGCUGCAGGAUUUAAUAGAGACUGUUCAGGAUCUGGAUCAGGCAGUCGACUACGAAAGAACCAUCCAAAAGUUGGAGGCUCGAAUCAACACGUUGACGAAGAGAGCAGAAGCAGCUCUCGUCCACAUGACAAAAACACAGAACAAGAGACCACAGCAACCUCCUGGUAACAUGGACGUCGUCAGGAUGGAUUCUGGGAAUGAAACUAUGGAAACCAUGUCACAGACAGACGAAAAGGAUUUUGCAGAGUUCUUUCAUGAGAUGAAAACCACUGAAAAGGCCUUGAAGAAGAUGCAUGCAGAUAAUGAAGAUAUUAAGGCUGCCAUGGCAACUUCUUCAGCUGUCACUGCUAAUGAGUCUCCUAAGUGUAAGGAAAAUGUCAAGUUCAUAAAGAAAUGGCCAGAAGCCGAGGAGCAAAAAGAAAAGAAAACUAACUGGCCCAAGAAGAAUAAAGAGCCAAAGACUGAGAAAGAACAAUGUCUCUCCUCUAACAAUAGUAAAACUCCCAAGGACUCAGAUCAGGACAAGCCCUCGUAUCCUCCUCUUCCCCCUACUCCUGUCCCCUCCACCCUGAACAUGGAAGCGGCCUCAUACAACAUUCCCCAGAGACUAGAUGUACAUCUGGCCCUCAUCAGGGAGCCCCCCGGCCUUUCUGUGCUCUGGAAGGUGGAGGAAGAAGACCCUUGUGCGGCGCCCGUGGAGAGUUACAGCGUCUACAUGGCUGUAGAGAAGGUGAAGGGGAGCAGCUUCUUCCCAAAGUGGAUUAUGCUCGGUGAACUGAAGGCCAUCCAACUGCCCAUGUGUGUGAUGAUCAGAAAGUACAAGCCGGGGCACAAGGUGUGUGUCGCCGUGGUGGGCAAAGACACGUUUGGCCGGUACGGGUCCUACAGUGAAGUUGUGACCGCAGCCAUACCUGAAUAGUCAGGAGGAGGAUAUGGUGUCAGUAAAGAACCAGUAAAACCACCACUUACUUAAAGGGAGAUUUAGGUACAUUCAUGUUUUUUAUAGUUCAUUUGUUUCAUAUAGCAUCUUUUUCAAGUGCACCGAGUAGUUUUUCCUCUUUUAUUUUUUUAAUUCUUUUUGGGGGAACACACUGAGAAAUCUUUUGCACCCAAAUGUAAAUAAGAUGUUAAUUUUCUUCACUUCCACCAGCAUUAAACCAGAGAGCAGCUUGAUGGCGAAACUAUUGUCUGUUAAGCCUUCAGAUAAACAGCUGAACACUGAAUGUACUUUAAACAAUGUUGAAUGUUUCAAUGAGCCAAUAAAGCAUUAUGGGUUUUUUUCCUAAAAA